CCUUGGCUACUUAGGCGGAUGCGAUCCGUCGCCUGCUCCUCGUUAUGCAACUUUUAGCUCGACAACGGCUAUGAUAUCUUGUCUGCCUUGUGGUUGAGCAGCGACUACCCUCAGACGACGCGAUUCGCAAAGCAAGCGAAAGGUCGUUAAGAAUAAACCGAACACGUCACGGUCGAUACAUUACACCUUGGGUAUACUUCUGUACGCAUCCAUGCGUCUUUUGUACACCAUCUGAGCAAAAUUCAACACCUUUCUUGGAUUGAAGAAUCCCUGGUAGACGCUAGCCGACGUGCCUUCAAAUCAAUACGAGGCAUAUCACAGUUUUACAACGGGCUUUCCAAGCUAAAACGACCGCCCGGCAAGCUAUGGACAAUCAACACGCCCCUAAGCUGGGGCUAAAUCAGCUCUGUGACCAGGUUGCGAGCCUUUGCUUCGAGACAUCAUCCACCAAGCAAACCAUGGACGAUCAACACCCUCCUAAGCUAGGGCUGAAUCAGCUCUGCGAGACCUGUGUCGACAACAUCUUCCCAAAGGAUAGGGAAUGGCAAUGGCUCAAAGAGGGCUUCGACGACAAACCCGAAGAAGAAAAGCUUAUUGGGCCCUUCACCUUGAAGCGUCUUCUUGAAGCUGUGAAGACUGGUUGUCACUUCUGUACCAUAGUGUCGGAGAGUAUCCGCCAGAUGGAGGACCUACUUCGCCCUAGAGGCUAUGGGGAUCUUUGGGGUACUCAAGAGCGUUACUUCUUGUUGCCCCACUGCGAUUCAAGAAGUUAUGCAUGGUUCGAGAUUGAUUUUAAGUUGGGAAUGAAAGUCCAGUAUCAAAACUUCAGCAUCGAUGUUUCUCCCGCCACUGUCCUGAAUCAGGAUGACUCUUACCAGUAUAGCCACUUUCGAUAUGGGAAGAUGGUGCAGAACCAGUCGUAUACCAACCUCAGCGAGCAAACUUUCGACCAGGUCAGACAAUGGUUACAGACAUGUCAACAAACGCACACGAUGUGUAACACUCGGUCCGGGUCUGAGCCGCAGUUGGGACGACCGCCCGUACGGUUCAUCGACUUGGGAGUCGAUGCAACUCAUCCGGUCAGACUGGUUGACCGUCAGUUGACAGGAGACGACAAACCGGUAUAUAUCACUCUCAGCUAUCGUUGGACAGCAGAGAUAGAGAUGUCUCAGACGACGCAAGCUAACAAACAUAUCCAUUACGACGCAAUUCCUGUUAGCCGGUGGCCACAAGUUUACAAGGAUACUGCAUCAAUAGCACGCCGUCUUGGUGUACGAUACAUUUGGAUAGAUGCCUUGUGUAUCAUACAGGGUGAUCACAAGGAUUGGUCUGAGCAAUCUCAGAUGAUGGACAUGGUAUACACAAACGGGUUUCUCAAUCUUGCAGCCAUCUUGGGUGAAGAAUCUCCCGGCCUUGAGUGCUAUCGGAACCCUUUGAGCAUCAUGCCAUGUGUCGUGACUCGGGUUUCUAGCAAAGGCAAUGGGGCUGGCGAGACCAGUCACUGGAUGCUUAAGAUGGAUGAUAGCUUCGAGUAUUCUGUUCCCUAUGCCCCUCUUUACAAAAGAGGGUGGACAUUGCAAGAACGAGCCUUAUCAACAAGGACGCUACAUUGCGGCAAGCAGCUCUAUUGGGAGUGUAUGGCAUCCACAGCUCCGGAGUCAUUCCCUUCGCUUCACUUCCAGGAUCGAAAAAUGUUAAUUUCGACGUGGGGAAACCCUGUCCAAUGCUUGAAAAGCGUUCUGUCUGACGACGGUUUUUUUCGGACUUUCGGCUCUGAAAAAGACCCCCGUCCCCAACCCCCAAUUCAUUCUAGACAUCUGCGUCGGCACCGGCAACCAGGCCUUGAUAGUCAUAAGACUGUCGUUAACAUUUGGAACGACGUUGUUGAGGCAUUCUCAGCCAUGUCACUGACUAAGCCGAGCGACAAGUUGGUUGCGCUCCGAGGUAUCGUUAACAGACUGCAAGGUCAACUUGAAGAUGCGGAAGUAGUCAGCCAAUAUGCAUCAGGCCUAUGGAAGAUUGGGAUUUUCUUUGAACAGCAACUAUGUUGGUGGAUGUCAGAGCGUUACGCUCCCCCAAGGCCUGAGCUGGAUCAUGAUCUGGCUAAGCAUUUUCCGUCCUGGUCAUGGGCUGCGUGUGGCAACAGACUCUCCUUCCCCACCAUCAUGGAAUCUCGGGAAACACGAAGGCUAGCCAAGCUUGAGUCGUUACAUGGGACAGACGAUAACACCACAGAUCCACUGGGGCCAGCCAGGAUUGUUCUCCGUGGCGCACUUAUACCUUUCAUCAACGCUGAAAAGAUCCUCACCGAUGGAUUAAGGCAGCCUGUCGUCUCAUGGACGGAGGAGAAUCCUCUCAAGGAGUCGAGCAUGUGGAUAAGAUUCGAAGCAAUGUAUCCGGAUAAGCCAAUUGACGCAGAAGCAAAAAAGAAGAAACUCAAAUUGCUCCCGUUGUAUUACGAUUACUAUCACGGAGUGUGUACAAUGGAGGGUCAUGUUUAUGGUCUUCUCCUGGACUGCGUUGGGACUCAUGAUGGGCGAUCACUUUAUCGUCGAUUCGGCAUGUUCAUGUCGGACAGAACGACAGCGCGCGAAUUCGAUGGCCUGGAAGACCUUUUCUCGUUGGAUAAAGCGAUAAAAUCGGGCAAGCUGUUCGGCCCGAGGGAGGUGACUCUUGCGGAUCUGGAUAAAGUUAUUGAAGUAGACGGUUCCGACGAACUCAAUUAUGAAAACCGUUGGAUAGACUGGAUUUUCGACAUAGCAGAGGAAGAAGAGGCGGUAGACGGGAUCCCAAAAGAGCUUUACGAGAAACUCCUGAAAGAGCCCCAGAUUUGCCUGAUAUAAGCCAGGUCAACAUGUCAGCUCUUCUCUUUUAGCAUAUAUGUUAUACGCAUCUGAUUUCUUUUUACGUUCAACGGAUAUCUCUUUCUUCUUUCUCCUUC